CAUGGACAGUUCUAAGGAAUUGGCAUACGCAGACCUAGAAUGGGCCAUCGGAAUAAAUCGCUUUACUCUGGAAAUGAUUGGUUUAUGGCCUGACGAGAAGUUAAGCAAUCGACAGAAAUUCUUGGCGAACCUCCGGGCUUUCGUUAUUUUCACUACGUUGAUUACUGUGUCAAUCAUACCCUCGAUAUUUUCGCUGGUGAGGGUCUGGAACGAUAUGAUAGCGAUAAUAGACAACUUGCAAAUCACAUUACCUUUCUCAGCUACCGCCGUGAAAAUCAUCAUUAUGUGGCUUCGAAAAGAAGGUGAAGAUUGA